GGUGAGAGAGUGAAUGUGCGAGAGGCGGGGAGUGAGCCUGGCCGGGCUGCAUCCAUCACCGCGCUGCGUCAACUGCAACGGCACCGGAUGACCGCAGCGGGGCGCUAUUACACCAGCGCUCCGCAGCCAGGCUGUCACUGUGUGACCCGGCUGGGAGGAGGGUACGAGGCGGAAAACGGCGAGAGGAGGAGCCGGGGACAGACGAAAGCAGCUGGAAAUGAAGAAAGAGGGAGAAGGUGAUCGAGAGUGAUCAUUGGUCUGACUCUUCCACUGCCACAAUAACAUGUCCAAAUCGGAAGCCCCCGAGACACAAAGACAACGACGGUAAAACUCAAAAAAAAAUAUUUUUGUAAAUACCACAGCCCUUGCGACGAGAAAGGAACGGAUUGGCCUACGGACAUAGCGAUGAGCACCUUGCUCUAAAAGAAAGAACCAAACACAAUACAAGAGGAAAGAAAAGGUAUUUGAGGAUGAGUCGAGAUGGAUGGCGGAAGAGAGCUGCUGAAGGUGACGGUUGGGGAGGGAGGGGGGGGUACAUGGCUGCCAAGGUCUUCAAGCUGGACGAGCAGUUCAGGCAGGACGCGCCGCGGGAGAAGCAGAAGGAGGGGGCCAGCUCCGAGAUCUUCCGCGGCGUGGCCAUCUACGUCAACGGCUACACAGACCCGACUGCGGACGAGCUGCGCAGACUGAUGAUGCUGCACGGAGGCCAGUUUCACGUCUACUACUCGCGCUCGAAGACCACCCACAUCAUCGCCACCAACCUGCCCAACAGCAAGAUACAGGAGCUGAGGACCGAGAAGGUGGUGCGGCCAGAGUGGAUCACUGACAGUAUUAAGGCGGGGCGGCUCCUGUCCUGCCUUCAGUACCAGCUCUACAGGCCCAGAGCACUCUGCUUCCCCGGCACGUGGGCCCCCCCGGGGCAGGAGUCUGCAGGACCCAGCCACACCCCCAACCACGCCUGCCACGCCCGCCGAGAGCUGGACCACGCCCACCAGGAUGGGAGCUUCCGGCUAAACGGGUCCAUGAGGAACUGUGUGGACCGAACGGGGGGCCCUAAAAUGAACGGGGUACACGAGGGGGCCAGCGUUUACCCUGAGGGGCCCCUCACCAACGGCCACGCCCACCCCGCCAACGGUGCCUUAAAGCCCCUGGAUUUGGCCCUUCAUCCGGGACGGGACGCCCUGGGGAAGCCACUGCCCCCGUCCUCGGACUGCCCCCAGACCCCUCCCGCCCAGGACGGGAGACCCCUGAUGCAGCCACGCCCCCUCCAGAGCCCGCCUGCCCCAAACCCCGCCCCCCACCACAAACCCUGCUCCAGUUCGUCCGCCAGCCCGGCACCUGCCCUUCUGCCCUCAGCCAAUCAGAAGGCGGCCGCCAUCGCCAAGCCCUGCCCGCAGACCCCUCCUCCCCAGUCGCCCGGCUCCGAGAAGCCCCUCCCCCUCUGCGGCAGAGUUCGGCUGAACGGGAGCCACUACGUCUCUCCCGCCACGCCCACGGCAGGCCCCGCCCCUCCGGACUCCCCGGGGAAGCAUGUGGCCCCUCCCACCCCGGCGAGCGCCAUAUCGGAGUACUACUCCCACUCCCGCCUCCACCACAUCUCCACCUGGCGGAACGAGUUCUCCGAGUUCGUGAACUCGCUGCAGCAGCGGCGGCGGGCCAAAGGGGGCGCCGUCUUUCCCGGGAAGGAGCGGCUGAGGAGGCAGCGGCCCGCUCACGAUGCAGGUUUGUCGGGUCCAGCCGGGCCUCAGAACCGGCAGGCCUGCAUCCUGCAUGUGGACAUGGACUGCUUCUUCGCCUCCGUGGGGAUCCGCCACCGACCCGAUCUGAAGGGGAAGCCCGUUGCCGUGACGAGUAACCGAGGCCCCGGAACAGUGGCCCUGCGUCCUGGGGCCAAUCCCCAGAUGGAGGUCCUGUACUACCAGAGGAGACGGGAGGGGAAGGCCGAUCCGGACUCGUUCUCCUCCCCUGAGAGCCCGGACGCCCCCGGCAACGGAGUGGACCCCGCCCUCGCGGCGCUGUCCAUGGCGGAGAUCGCUUCCUGCAGCUACGAGGCCAGGUACCGCCCGUACCGCGGGCAGACGGGUGUUCGGGCAGUGCCAAGGCUCGUUCCCGCCCUGCAGGCCGUGCCCUACGACUUCCAGGCCUACAAGGAGGUGGCGCUGGUGCUGUACGAGACGCUGGCCAGCUACACGCAUGAGAUCGAGGCUCUCAGCUGUGACGAGGUCCUGGUGGAUGCCAGCGGCCUGCUGGCGGAGCUGGGCGUGGCCCCGGACGAGCUCGCCAGCGCCAUCCGCACGGACGUGAGGGAGAGGACCGGCUGCUCCGCCUCCGUUGGCAUGGGUUCAAAUAUUCUGCUGGCCAGAAUGGCGACUCGCAGAGCCAAACCUAACGGACAGUACUACCUGAAGCCAGAGGAAGUGGACGACUUCAUUAGAGAGCAGCCCGUCACCAGCCUGCCAGGCGUGGGACGGUCGAUGGGGUGCAAGCUGACCUCCCUGGGGGUGCGGACGUGCGGGGAGCUGCAGCAGCUGUCCCUGUCGCGGCUGCAGAAGGAGUUCGGGCCUCGGACGGGCCAGACGCUGUUCCGGUUCUGCCGCGGUCUGGACGACCGGCCCGUCCGGAGCGAGAAGGAGAGGAAGUCCGUUUCCGCGGAGAUGAACUACGGAAUCCGCUUCACACAGGUUUCGGAGGCGGAGUCUUUCCUGAUCAGCCUAUCACAGGAGGUCCAGGGGAGGCUGCAGGCCGCAGGCCUCCAAGGUCGUCGGCUCAACCUCAAGAUCAUGGUGAGAAAACCAGGGGCCCCAGUGGAGUCCGCCAAGUUUGGGGGCCACGGGAUCUGUGACAACCUGGCCAGGUCGGUGACCCUGGAGCAGCCCACAGACAGCGUUGAGCUCAUCGGCGCCGAGGUGCUGAAGCUCUUCCACUCCAUGAAGCUGAACGCCGCGGACGUCAGGGGGGUGGGCCUGCAGGUGCAUCAGCUGGUGGGGUCCCGCCCCGCCCUGCCAGACCAGCCCCGCCCCCGCUCUAUCAGGGACCUGCUGCUGGCCCAGCGCUCCGCCCACUCCGCUGCCAUGGCCCCGCCCACCACGCCAGAGAGAGUGCCCCCCGUGGCUCCGCCUCCCGGUGGAUCCUCCAAUCAAAGCAGGUGCACCCCCGCCAGAGCUCCGCCCCCAACCUCCGCCUGCUCCGCCCUCUCCUCUCCGACGACGGAGCCCGUGCCGAGCACCAGCAAGGGGGAGCCCCCUCCCCGGUAUAACGGGGGGCUGCACACCCCGAGCCGAGCGCAGGCGCGCCUCAACUGCAGCAUCGAGGUGCCCUCCCCCUCCCAGGUGGAUCGCUCGGUGCUGGAGGCCUUGCCGCCGGAGAUUCGGGAGCAGGUGGAGCGGUCCUGGAGCCGCGGCCGGGCCCUGACCCCGCCCCCGCCCCUGACCCCGCCCCUGGCUCCGCCCCCUUCGCCGCCCGCCCAGCCCGCGGGCACGCUCAUCCUGCAGAUCCCGGAGCAGGCCGGCGGGGCGGGCAUCGUUCUGGCCCUCCCGGACUUCUCCCAGGUGGAUCCUGAAGUGUUUGCAGCUUUGCCGCCAGAGCUACAGGAAGAGCUGCGCUCGGCGUACAUGCGCAAAGCUGGCGCCCACCCGCAAAGCACCAUGGCGCCCAAAAACGCUCUGCUCCAGCUCCGGGCCCCGGGGUUCGACCAGCUGAAGCGCCGCCACAAGAGGAAGAACCUGAGCCCUGCCAAAAAGGGCCCCAGCCCCAUGAAGGCCCGUCUCCCUGGAAACAGCCCUGCCAAAAGCAGCCCUGCCAAAAGCAGCCCCGCCAAGCUGCACCCGCUCGUGCUCAAGUAUGAAGACACGCCCACUGACGCCCUGAAGCGUGAGAACGGGCCCUCCACGUCCUCUUUGAAGCCUGACGUCCCCCAACACCCGUCCAAACUCGCACCCACCCCCCAACCGGCCCUGGCUGGUGCCUCCGAACUCACAGACAUCCGCACCCUUCUGAGGGAGUGGGUCACUACCAUCACAGAGCCCAUGGAGGAGGACAUCCUGCAGGUGGUGAAGUACUGCACCGCGCUGGCGGAGGGUCGCGACCUGGAGAAGCUCGACCUCGUCAUCAAGUACAUGAAGAGGCUGAUGCAGCAGUCGGUGGAGUCGGUGUGGAGCAUGGCCUUCGACUUCAUCCUGGACAACGUGCAGGUGGUGCUGCAGCAGACCUACGGGAGCACCUUGAAGAUCACAUAGAGGCCACGCCUCUCUCCCCUACCAGGCCACGCCUCUCUCCCCCUCCCCGCCUAUCAGGCCACACCUCUCUCCCCCUCCCCCUCUAUCAGACCACGCCUCUCCCUCUCCCCACCUAUCAGACCAUGCCUCUCUCCCUCUCCCCUUCUAUCA